AUGGCCCCGGCAGCGUCCCGUGGCACGACCGCUAAGUUCUACCAGGAGGAUAUUGUCAGGCGCAAGGACAACCCUGAGCUCUAUGGAAUUGUGCUACGAUGUUGGCAUGAUGCAGAGGAACUUCCGCCCCCGGCAGAGAACACCGAUCCUCUCAUGAGGCCACUCAAGCAGGGUGAAGUCGGUGUCUCCUACUUGCCCCGUCCGAGUCGCGAGAUACUACCGGAAUCGGACCUGGAGCUGGUCGAUCGAAUGUACCAGCCUGGAGACCUUGUGAAACGCAGUAUAGAUGAUGUAGUCUCAGGAGUGGUCAUCAGUAUUGAUGUAAAUGGCCGCUUUGAGCACGCCAUCAGCUCUGUACCUCUUCCCGAGUGGAAGAACACUAGUGACGUGCAGUCUGCAAUUGACAUUGACAUGGGUGACUAUGUCGUGUAUGAUGACUGGGUCGGGCAGAUGUUUGACGAAGCUGUCGUCGAUAUGGGCAACGGCAAUCUUGUGCGCGUGCCAGAGCUCAGCGCCCGUCUCGCAGUGGGCGAGAAAGGACCGGACAUAUUGCCACAGCCAAUGUCUGGCGUGCAGAGCAUAUUCGGCUUCCUGCCAGGCAAUGUGCGGCCAGGCAACCAGGACACUGUUGUCUCCGUGAAGCGCACAGUGCUGGCUAUUGCAUGGCUUGCCAUAAAUCAAUCUUUGGAGCCCUCCGAGGCGCAGUUGCGACUCCGUCCCGCUCGUUUCUGGUAUGGUCUCGAUCUGGCAAAGCUGACGCUAGUGCGUCGACGAGCAGAACAGGCUCUUCAUGUCGGAGAUCGUGUCCUGCUCAAAGACGUGGCUGAUGCUCCCGUUACCCGGCAUGGGAAAGAAGAGGAUCCAAACCUCGUGUUAGAGGUUCGUACAUUCGUCGUUCAGGAAACUCGGACAACCAUCGCCGUUUUGUGGCAAGACGGUACACGAGAGACGCUCAAUGCAACGGAGACCAUUCCGUACUUGAAUCCGGACGAAUACGAUUGCUGGCCAGGCGAUCAUGUCAUCUGGAAGACCGAAGAUCAAAGACGUGCUGCCAUUGUGCAAUCUGUGAACGCUGUUGACAGAACAGCGCAGGUUCUCUGUCUCGACACAGCAAUGACUGAGCUUGCAUCGGUCCUUGAGCUAGAUCCUCAUGGCAUGUCGGACUGGUCAGCAGUUGCACCACACGAUGGAUUAGGUGUCCGCCGCGGCGACUUCGUCUUCAUCCACAAGGAAGGUAAGACAAAUGGUGCCGAGGCGCCUAUGGUCCCCAGGAUCGGUGAGAUAGAAGAAUGGGUACGGGAGCCUCCUCUUUCGCCAGAGACUAGUCAACUGGGAGGUUGGCGUCGCGAGAUGACAGACAUUGGUAAUCGCAUCGCGGAGCGACGUGGAAAAGACCCCAGCAUCGAAGAGGGCGAGAUUCAAAGGCCGGAGAAGGGGAAUCCGAAACUUAACUGGUUUGGGGAAGUAGCAGAGCUUCGGCUAGACGGUACUGUCGACGUAAUGCUUCCGGAUGGCAGAACAUCAGUGCUGCCCCUCCAACGGCUCACUAAACUGUAUGAUGGUUUAGAGCAGAUUGAGGACCUAUGGGGCGAUGACGCAUCUGAGGGCGAAGGUGAAGAGGGCGAAGAGGGUGUAGAGGUAUGGGCCAUGGACGAGGAUGGACAUUGGGUCGAAGGUGAUGUCGAGGAUGAGGAGGAAUGGUCGACUGACGAGGAAGACGCAAUGAGUGUCGAUGCGAGAGAGUGGUCUCCAUCAAGUCCGACGGUCCUGCCAGUACAAGACAUUGAAGCCAAGAUGGUGAUUGAUUCGGAGGUUGACAUUCCUGAUGAGAGUGUAACUACUGGGGCGCAGUCGUCCCCGCCGGCCGUACGGCCAGUAUCACCGGACGUGCCAAAGGAUGCUAUGGAGGAAGAUGACGCGGACAAGGCAGAAGCUGAGGACGGGAAGGCACAUUGGAAACGCUUCGAGAUUCUGGCGACGGCACCUGUUGAUCACGCUUUCUACUCGACACCACCCGCGCAGACCUCUCGCAAUUUCCUAGCACGGUUAACUAAGGAGUAUCGAGCGCUACAAAGUAGCCUGCCAGAUUCGAUCCUCGUCCGAGCAUUUGAGGACCGAACGGAUCUGUUGCGCUGCUUGAUCAUCGGUCCCGAGAACACGCCUUACCAGGAUGCCCCCUUCGUGAUUGAUUGGAUGCUCGACUCAAAUUUCCCUCACACCCCACCCAUUGCGCACUUCCUUAGCUGGACCAAUGGCAAUGGCCGAGUGAAUCCUAACUUGUACGAAGAAGGGAAAGUCUGUCUCUCCAUUCUGGGAACGUGGGCUGGUGAUAGAAACGAAACCUGGAGCGCAGCAAGAUCAUCGCUCCUCCAAGCCUUCGUAUCUAUACAGGGUCUUGUCCUUGUCAAGGAACCCUGGUUUUGCGAGCCCGCAUAUGAAAAGCUCAGGGGUACUGAAGAGGGCAUCGUCAAUAGUCGUCUCUAUAAUGAGAAGGCAUACGUCCUCUCGCGAGGCUUCGUGCGUCGUGCGCUCGAAAUACCCCUGGGUGCUCUGGAUCAGGAGAUCCACUGGUUCUACUACACGAAUAGGAAACUAAAGAAGGUGCUAGAUGAUGCACGAGAGUUGGUUGAGAAGAGCAGGUCCUCGAAAGAGGAGACGGAAGUAGAUCGAGACUUGGCAGUCCCGAGACUGACAGGAGGUGGGAUCAUCGCGCUCGAACGGACGCUGACCAAACUCCAGGCGCUCCUGGACGCGCACAAGGACUGCUCCUAUUGCCCACACGACUUGCAGUCAUAGCGUUGACUCUGCACAUGUAUCAGUACGAGGUUUGUACAUCACGGUAUUGGGCCAGUCGACGUCCAUGAUUGUAUCCAGUA